CCCUCCCCUCCCCUCCCCUCCCCGGCCCGGCGGGAGUUUGGGGAGGGGGCCGCCGUCGUCGUCAAGGAGGAGGAGGAGGAGGGACAAGUACCUCCAGGCUGUCGAGAAUGGUAAAGCAAGCUGACGCUGUGCAAGAAUCUUUCUGACUUUCCCCUCCCCAUGUAAAGUAUGCUCAGCUCCUUUCCAGUGCUUCUGCUGGAAACCAUGUCUCACUACACAGAUGAGCCCCGCUUCACCAUCGAGCAGAUAGAUCUGCUCCAGCGCCUGCGCCGCACUGGCAUGACCAAGCCCGAGGUCCUGCACGCCUUGGAGACCCUGGACCGCCUGGACCAGGAGCACAGCGACAAGUUCGGGCGGCGGGCCGGCUACGCGGGCGGCCCCUACGCCAGCAGCGCCGGCGGCGUGCCCGCCUCGUCCUCCACCGCCACCGCCGCCACGCAGACCCGGCCCUCCGGCAUGUCCCCGUCACCCAGCAACAGCUACGACACAUCCCCGCAGCCGUGCACCACCAACCAGAACGGGCGGGAGGGGGCCGAGUGCCUGGUGGCCUCCAACGGGAAGUUAUCACCCCCCCGCUACCACGGUAACAGCCUGGGCCAGCGGUCCUACAGCUUCGAGGCGUCCGAGGAGGACCUGGACGUCGACGACAAGGUGGAGGAGUUGAUGAGGAGGGACAGCAGUGUGAUCAAGGAGGAAAUCAAAGCCUUUCUGGCCAAUCGGAGGAUUUCCCAGGCGGUCGUGGCCCAGGUGACAGGGAUCAGUCAGAGCCGUAUCUCGCACUGGCUGCUGCAGCAGGGCUCAGACCUGAGCGAGCAGAAGAAGAGAGCGUUCUACCGCUGGUACCAGCUGGAGAAGACCAACCCCGGGGCGACUUUGAGCAUGAGGCCGGCCCCCAUUCCAGUGGAGGACCCAGAGUGGAGGCAGACCCCCCCGCCCAUCACGGCCACCUCCGGGACUUUCAGGCUCCGGCGGGGCAGCCGCUUCACCUGGAGAAAGGAGUGCCUGGCGGUCAUGGAGAGUUACUUCAACGAGAAUCAGUAUCCUGACGAGGCCAAGAGGGAGGAGAUCGCCAACGCCUGCAACGCCGUCAUCCAGAAGCCAGGCAAGAAGCUGUCGGACCUGGAGCGGGUCACCUCUCUCAAGGUCUACAACUGGUUUGCCAACAGGAGGAAGGAAAUCAAGAGGCGAGCCAAUAUCGAAGCAGCAAUCCUGGAGAGCCAUGGCAUCGACGUCCAGAGUCCGGGCGGCCACUCGAACAGCGACGACGUGGAUGGCAACGACUACUCGGAGCAGGACACUUGGCAAGUGCGCAAUGGGGAGGAGGAGGAGGGAAGAAGUUCAGAGGGAGGCAGAGAAGCAGAGAAGGAUGACAGCACUAGCCAUAGCGACCACCAAGAUCCCAUCUCGCUAGCCGUGGAAAUGGCAGCCGUCAACCACACCAUCCUGGCCCUGGCCCGGCAGGGAGCCGGCGAGAUCAAGACAGAAACCCUAGACGACGACUGAUGGAGAGGGUGGGGGUGGGGGGGGCAGGGGCGGGCCCGGCGCCGAGGAGUAACUUAGUUUUAGCCGUAGCACCUUAGCAGAGCCCCGAUGGUCCUGAGUAUGUGUUCUUACUGUCCUUACCUUUGCAGUGUCUCGUCCGCCCGUUAGCUGUUAGGGUCUUGUCCGUGACGAUGGCAUGGUGCCACCUCAAGACUUUGCGCCCACUCGCUCAGUAUUAAACUCCCCGUCGGUGUUAGCCCCCCGUCUCCCAGCCUCCCCGGGGCGCCCGGUCCUCGCCGCCCCGACUUAGCAUUCCGAGAAAGUGCUUCCAGGUGUCUCCGCCGGGCCUCGAUGCUUCUCCUGGGGGAACCCGUGGUCCCCCAAGGCUUCUCCCCCAACCCCCUCCCCCCCAGCUCCAGGAGGGCACGCACCAGGGCAGGUGGGCACCGGGGAACCCCAGAACCGGGGAACCCCAGAACCCUCCCGUCGGUUGUCAGAAGGGUCAUUUUUUUUUUCUUCCAGCCACAAUAAGCCAUGUCCGCUAGCCAGCCGGGGCUCGGGCGCCUGGUGGGAAGUAGACCGCCCCCAGCCCCGGGCCGGCCGGGCCGCUGCGGGCUCCCGGGAACCCGGACUGCCUUCCUUUCCGCCUUGGGGACUGCGGGAGGAGCCCAGCUGGAGAUGCGCGAGGAUGGGUGAGCUGAUGGACAAAUGUCCCCGGCUCUAACCACUGAGCUUUCCGGCAUGGCUCCUGCCCAAAAGGCCGCCCUCCCGGGAAUUUAUCCCCAUGUCGUAUUGCCUCCUGGCCUCCUCUCCCCGCCCCACCAUACCGCCGCUGCCCCCCAAAACCAAACCAUCGUGAGAGUGAGGUGGUGGCCAGGCCCGAACGGGUCGGGGGGAAGGAGCGGCUGGUCCUGGUGAUUGGGUCGGCGGCCUGCAGCGGGCGGGCCGAAGUUUGGAUGCGUGCAAGGGGUCUCCGUAACGCGGGUUCUGCCGGCCGGCCCGAGGGCGGGUUGUUGGAAGAGCGGUGAGGGUACGGGGCGGCGGUGGGGUGCAGGGAGAGGCCUUGGAGAGCUGGACCGGCUAUCUCGCCGACCUGCCGCAGGGGUCCACUCCGGGCUGGACGUUGGGCGGGGCUGCAGGGGUCGUCUACUUGGAGCAGCAGGAGCUAAUGGGUUUUUUUUCCGUGAUCACAUAUGUAGCACUUUUUGUUACUUUUUAAAGAUAUUUAUAUUUGAUAAAUCCUUUCUUUUCUUCCUUUUGAGAACUCAAAAUACCAAACCGUGAACGUGCACUCUGGAGUCGCCGUGGCCCACCCCGGUCUUCUUGGCUGCUAGAGACCCGGCCAGGGGCAUAGGGAGAGGGCGGCCUCCUGGCCCAGCUGUGGGGGCACUGGGGCGGGCUGAGAGUGGUGCCUCUGAGUGGAAGGGGGCCCGCUUCCAUCCCCGCCCCCUCUCUCCCUCCGAUUUGGACUGGGGAGAGAGACGGGGCGGCAGGGGCCGGCCUAACCGGCUGCCAUACUGGACGUGGAGGAGGUCGGUGGGUGCCAGCCUACAGUUGGCACCCACACCACACUCGCCCCCCGCGCCCCACCGUGUUGUCUCCGGCCGGGGUAGUUAGGGUUUAGGGAGGGUUGGGGUGACCCCAUCUGAUUUCCCGCUUUGCCGGGAAGGUCUGUGCCACCCUCGGGUGCAGGCCCCAGAGAGGAUGGGCAGAGGGGAGGGGAAGGGAAGAGUGGGGAGGAGACGAGCCUUCCCAGGUUUUCUUGUAGGUGAUUUGGGGCAAGGGGGGCUUUAGGCUGGGGAGUGAGGACGUGUGAUUCACCCUGU